AAUUUUCUUGUUGAAAUAUGAUAGCUGAAUGCCUUCUUAAUGAUGUUUGCGACAGUAACUGGUGAUCCAUUGCAAGAUGAAACAGAAGAUAUUACCACUUUGUGGCAAAACUCACUGUAUAACGCAAAUAUUGAAAUUACAAGGUCGGUAAAAAUUUCGAAACUUUGUUAAAAUGAUUCGCAGACGCCGUGGAAUAUUACUUCUGUCUGGAAUUUCUAUCUCUAUUUUCUUCUUGUUGCACGAAAAAAUAAGUUCAAAUAUUUCAUUGUCACCAUCAAACGAACAAAUAGUGCAGAUGCACGAGAAAUUUGAAACUGCAGAUAAAAGUCUAGAGGGUAUGAAAGAAGCAAAAAAAGAAUCCAGUUUAGAGGAAGAAAUACCCCACAUCAAAAAAGAACCAAUAAACAGAAAGCUCAAAAAUUCCAAACAACAUACACUACCACGACACCAGAAUGAAGAAAUGAAAGAAAACAUAAAUAAAGUCAAGAACGAAAGGCUAACACGAAAAGCAACGCCGAAGAAGAAUAUUUUAACUCAGAAAUCACAACUUUUUCAGGCAGAUCCAGAAAAUGAUGCAAAAACGGCAGCAAGGUUCCAAAAGAGAGUCAAAACAAUGAAAAGUCGUUGCCCAGCAUGGAAGCAUUCCCCAUUCAAAAAAAAUUGGGUGGUGAACAAAAACUUUCUGAUCAAUUACCCCCGACGACUUUUAAUAUGUGCAGUUCCAAAAGCAGGGAGUACGAGUUGGCACAUGACUAUUUGGGCCAUGCGAAGGAUACAAGCAGGUCUCGACCCAAACACGACAUAUUAUACGUAUGAGGACACAGUUGAAAAUCAUCACACAGCUGAAAAAUUGUCGACCAAUAAGGGAAAGGAGAUGAUAUAUUAUAAUGAAGGUGAUGACGAUAUGUACCUAAAUCCACCAACUGCGAAAGCUCGAAGAUUAUUACUGACACGUCACCCAUUCGCUCGGAUGAUAUCCGGAUGGCAUCAGAAAUUUCUACCAUAUUCCUCGUACGCAGACCUGAUGUUCAAGCGUUAUCCAACAUUGAAGAGCUAUGUGAGAGAGAAGGAUCCGAACCACAGAAUGUCUUGGAAGGAUUUUGCUGAAUUUGUUGCUGACACUGGUACUCGACCUCAAUCUUUGGAUUAUCACUUCACACCAACCGUGGAAAUAUGCAAACCAUGCGACUACGCUUACACAUAUAUACUUAAAGCUGAAUCUGUGGACAUAGAUGAGUCCUGGCUUUUGAGACGACUGAAUAUCACCGAUAUAGAUGUAGGACGAAAAGGAGUUCCACCGGGUGGAAGUAUAGUAAAUGCGAACCCUAGUGAUAACAUAAAGAAACAUAUGUCGCAGUUGAAAUCAUCAGUUCGCAGAAAACUUUACGAUGUAUAUAAAGAAGAUUUUCUAACGUUUGGAUAUACUUUUGAUUUUCGAACUUUGAAUUCUGGAGGAUUCGAUUAAUGGCAACUUAAUGCGAUACAAAGUAUUACACGAAAAAACAAGUGAUGGCGUACAAUGUAAUUUGGCAAAUGUUCACUCGUGUGCGAUCACCUGAUAUUAGAUGCGUUUGAGAGAACAGUCCCAACGACGAGAAAACUACACUGUCGUUCUCACACUUCAAAAUUAGUUUUAAACAAUACCUCGUCAGCAUUUGUAAAUCUACUACAAACGAUGCGAAAUGCAUGCAGGAGAUUUUCAACUGAAAUUGGUUCCAAACCAUUUAAAAAGCGACCCCAACCCUCUACUCCCACUUCAGCUAUGAACUCAGAAAAAAUAAAAUUUUGAGAAAAAAAAAUUUUGCCGUUUGCGAGCCUCCUACAAACAAGAGAGCUAUGCUCAAAUAUAAGGACACGUUCACCGAUUCCAGGAAAAGCACCAACAUUUAAAGACAUCAGUUAUAAUAGUGAAUGCAAGCCUCGCUUUUACGAGUUAGUUCAGUGUCAACGCGCUGUGUUACGAUACCGGAACUGCCCUAUCUUAAGAAGUUCCUGUCUUGUGACAGCGUGAAUUGAAAUUGCAAGAUGGUUCGACUCGCAUCUGUAGUAAUACCAACGAUCCGAGUCACUACUGCAAUAUAACACAAAGUACGGCACUAUUUGCCAUUCACCAUUUCUCAAAUCUUAGCCAGGAUUUCGUUACGAACCACCGACGAGAAGUGCCAGCAUACACGUCACAAGGUGUCGCUAUUUUUUUUUAUUCUGACACAUAAAAAACGAAUAUCUUGAAGUCCACAGAAGUUUUUGAAAUAAGUAUAAAGAAUAGCCUUUUGGCAAAAAAAAUCAAUCUUAACCAUUGAAAACUUGAAAGCAAUUGGUCCAGUAUUCGAAAAGAAAAGCGAUUUUAUCAUGACGAAGAAGAAUAUGAACAAGAACAACAACAUAAUAUUGAAACGAUUGUUAUGUACACUCAAGUGUCCAAUGAACAGAAUGGAGGCUAGGCUAUAUUGAGAAUACUUAGUCAAUUUGAUGCUUUCUGAGUUUCUGUCGGAAAGCAAGCAAAGGCCAUUCAAUAAAUCAGAAAGAAUGACUGGAAGCAUCUAGCGCCCAUCAACAGUCUAAACCUAAAAGUUUGACGUCGAUUACAACCAGUGAUGAGCUGGAGCCGGAACGCACCGGAACGGCGUUCCGGUUGUCAGACAAUUUAUUGCAUUUCCGUUCCGGUUGUUGAAAUAAAAUUAUGUCAUAGAAAGUCUAUUUCCAGUACAUCUUGUAAACUUACUUAUUAACUUACUUUUGUUACGCCAUAAUUCUUUUUACAUUACAGCAGACAAAUAUUUAGUGCACAGCAAUAACGUGUAAUGGAUGUUUUGCCGACCUUUGCCCCGUGAAAUUUCAUCAUAUAUCUUUCUAAUAAACACAUUCGUAUUGAAUUGGUAUGAAUAUUCUUGUAAUUUUGAACAGACAUAUACCAGAUAAUUUCUUUAUAUUUCAUUGUAGUCCUUCGGCUCUAUCUUAGGACAGACAAAAAUUUGUGGUAGCGUCCGUGUCGUGUUGUAAAUAUAUAAUACAUUUUCACAAAUUAGCUGCGUUCCAGUUGUUACGAUUUUCCCAGCUCAUCACUGAUUACAACCAUAUUGUGCGUCCUCGCACUAAUUCCACUUUUAACAGUGAGGCUCGUCUUGGACUCCAAUAUGCCAAACCAUAUAUUUAAAAAUACUGGAAUGGCAUCGACAAAUUUUUCGACGCAGUGGGUGAUGCUCGAAGGAGCUUUUGAACGAAACAGUUGGAACCGGGUUAAUAAUGAUUCAAUGCAGAACAAAACAAUGCUGCAACAAUAAUGUAUAAACACUAAUAAGGGUAAAUAAGUCUGUCCUCUCUGUGGCGAUGCUGAGUGACGAAAUAUGUAUGAAUUGCACUGUUUCCGGAUAUUCGUAUCGCGGUAUUCGUAGCUUUUUUUUCAUUUGUUCCACUUGAGAAGGUCGAAUUAACAUCACACCCCUGAAUGUUGAUAAUGAAAUAAUAAACUAACAUUGUGCAACAACUAUCAUUAUUUACGUUUUUCUUAUUUUUGUAUAUAACCUUAGAAUUAAUUAGUACUGUAUAACUUUAACCCUGGAGUAAAUAUCUGCACGAGCAGAAAUUGUCAAUCUGUUUGCUUACAUGUCCAUACUGCAUGUAGCAUGUACAAAAAACACUAAUACUUUCAGAUUUACGCAGGUACUUUUAGUUUAUUGUAAUCUAACUAUACAUAAAUUACAAAUUUAGGGGUUCCACACCUCUGCUUA